GCGACUUGUCCGAGAACCUUGGCCUCCCACCAUGCGCUCCAUCUUGCUCGUGGCUGCCCUCCCGGCGUUUGUGGGCGCCAAAACCUUGUCGGUCGACUUUUCGACCUUUGCGUCGUCAGGCUUGACGGUCGCCCAGUUUCUCGACCAGAGCUCCCUAUACGUCUCAGCUUAUGAGGUCCAGACGUCCUACCUCAGUGAUCCCACCGCGGACCCAUUCUCGCAUACAUUCGUCACUGAUAACGUAGACAUCCAGGAUGGAUACCUGACGCUUAGAGUCUCCGGACCCACCGGGCAGGGCGCGUCUGUCCUGAGCGCGGAGGUGGGCACCUACGACGCGAACAUCCUCUAUGGGACAUUCAAGACCGUCGCCAUCGCAUCCCCUGUACCCGGCGUCGUCCAUGGCUUUUUCACGUACAAGAACGACUGCCAAGAGUCCGACAUCGAGCUCCUGACGUCGUUUUACACCACGGGCAACACCUUCGUGCACCCUGGCCUCCAGCUCACUAACCAGAACCUCCAAUGCGAUCACACCCAAAACACCCACACGCAAGUUGCGUAUCCAGCUGAUCCCACUGCUGAUGAGCAUGAGUAUACCCUGACCUGGAACUCGAGUGCCACCACAUACCUAUUCGACGGCACAGUCGUUGCGACAUUGAACAGCAACGUGCCUACUGAGCCCUCAUCCUUCCUCUGGAACUCGUGGUCUGGUGGCAACGAGCGCUGGUCUGCAGGCCCGCCUACUCAGGAUGCUAUCCUGAAGAUCAAGAGCAUCUCGCUCGAUUACGAGACGGCUUGA